AUGACUUCCUCGGAAUUUUCAUCCUCCAUGGCAUCUCACUCGAUGCCACUCCAGUCUACAUAUGACAGCCAAAUACUACCAUAUGCCGAUUUGAAGGAUCUCAAAGAAGCCGAGAUCGAAGACAGACACCUGAAAACGCGCAUACGCAAACUACGCAUCGUAUCUCGCACCCUUGCCUUGUUCAUAUCCAUCGCAGUCCUUGUUCCCACUGCGCUCACCCUCUACAAAUUCCUCAGCACACGAACGAUCUACCGCACCGUCGCACUUCCCAGCGGCCAAAGCGUUUCGCGUACACCCUGGGCUCACAACACGCGCGCAUGGCCAACAUACAUGUACUUUGGCGUUGCGGCCGUCUCCGUGCUGCUCAAUUUCACAACAAUGUUCUCCUAUAAAUUUGGCAUUGAAAAAGCCAACGUAGCAAGCGUCGUUACGAGUACUUUCAGCUGGAUCAAUCUCAUUGGGAACUUCGUGGUAUGGUGUGUAGCUGCAGGCUUGUAUCGCGCGGAGAAAGACAAGAACGGAAAGAGUAACGACCUCUGGGGAUGGACAUGUAGUGCAGGUGCGAGGGCGAUCCAGAAGGAAUUUGUGGGCGAUAUUGAUUUUGGCAGAUAUUGCAACGUGCAGAGUGCGAGUUGGUAUAUCGGUAUUGUACAGGCCUCCGCUGCACUUUUGACUGUGGUCAUUUAUGUGUUAGUUUACUUGAGGAGAGGAACCAAGAAGGAGGUGCAGCGGCAAUUGAAGAUGAGGAGCUUGGCGCAACAAAAGCAAGAUGAAUGUGAUCAAGACUGCUUGCUGGAGCGAAUCGAGAAGCUUGAGAGGAAUUAUGCGUUGAUGGAGGUUUUUGUGUUCCCAGGUGAAGUUACUUCUCCAUCAUUUACAGCAUACUCAGCUGUUGCUCCACCCAGCGACCCCACCUCAACAAUCAGCCCGUCGAGUCACUACACUACAUUCAUCACUUCCGGGAUCCCUUUUCCGUCUUCUGUGUCCACCAGCCAAACAAAAGUGCAGUCCUCGACACCAGGCACACCUUCUUACUCGACUUCUGAAGCGCAACCCUCAACAACCGGUACUAACCCCGCUCACCCUGACAUCCCUUUUCGUCCUGGCUAUCGCUCAGUAGCUUAUUACGGGAGCUGGGACAUCUAUACACGGAACUUCCAGCCCCAAGAGAUACCAGCAGAGCGGUUAACUCAUUUGCUUUACUCCUUCGCCGAUAACAAACCUGAUGGCACCGUCUUCUUGACAGACUCGUACGCCGAUGCGGAGAAGCACUAUGCAACUGAUUCCUGGAACGAUGUGGGAAAUAAUUUGUAUGGAUCACUCAAACAGCUCCAGAUUCUGAAAGCCAAGAACAGGAACCUGAAGGUGCUAUUGAGCAUAGGCGGAUGGACAUACACCAACACAAACAAGCACAUGGAUGGCCCUAUGGCUACGGCUGCAGGCCGGCAGCGCUUUGCGUCUUCUUGUGUUGAGUUGAUCCGCGACUAUGGCUUUGAUGGGAUCGACGUGGAUUGGGAAUAUCCCAAGGACAAAGAGCAAGGGCAUCAAUGGCUGGAGCUGUUGAAGGAGAUUAGGAGCCAGAUGAACAAAUAUUCCGAUAAGCUCGUGCAUAAGGACGACUCUGGAUAUGAACUGAAGCCGAAGUUCCUUUUGACGAUUGCCUCGCCGGCUGGUGAGAAGAAUUACAGGAAUCUGCCUUUGAGGGAAAUAAGCGAAGUUACCGAUUUCAUAAACCUGAUGGCAUACGACUACGCUGGUUCCUGGGACAAGCAAACCGGCUAUAACUCGAAUCUCUAUCCUUCGACGUCGAAUCCCCUAAGCACACCCUUCAACACAGCUUCUGUCCUGGCCGCCUACAACGCUGCUGGCGUUCCGUCCUCCAAACUCAACCUUGGCAUGCCGCUCUAUGGUCGCUCCUUCACCAAUACUCAAGGUGUAGGGAAGUCAUUCGACAGUACCGGCGAGGGGUCGUUCGAGAAGGGCAUCUAUGACUUCAAGGAUCUACCGGUAGCAGGUGCGCAAGAGUAUUAUGAUGAGGAGGUUGGUGCGUCCUAUAGCUAUGAUGAGGGAAGCGGCACAUUUGUCAGCUACGAUACUGUGGCCAUGGCGCUGAAGAAGGUUGACCACAUUGCGCAACAGAAAUUGGGUGGCGCCAUGUGGUGGGAGAUCAGCGGUGACAAGACGGAUAACGCCGAGAGCAUUGUGCAAAACGUUAUUGAGAGAAUGCGCGGCGGCGGAAGUGGCGCAGGCAUUGAGUCGUCCUCCAACUGGCUGCUGUACCCGGACUCAAAGUUUGACAACGUCAGGAAUGGCGUCCUCACGCCACAAGUCGCCCAGCGGCUGCGCAGGGCCUGA